UGUGAGGCGUGCGCACCGAUCAGGGGUAGUGUACCCUUCGGUGGGUGGUGUUACGGACGGGGAGGUCUGUGCGCGGAGGGAUGCCCCGGGAGCGAGCCGUGCGCGGUGCGGGCGGCCGCGGGGGGGCAUUCAGCCGGGGAAGAACAGACUGAGGGAAACCCGCCCUGGGAAACACGCACCCAUCCCACCACCCGGGAACUACCGGACGUGGCGUGACCGGGGCGGGCACAGCGGGGCGGGGCGGAGCGGAGAUCCGCCUCCCCGGGCAGCGGGGAGAGCGGGCUGCCCGGUCGGGCCUUGCUUGCCGCGGGCCUGGCCGCAGCGGGAAGAAAGGCCGAUGGAGGAGGCGGCGGCGGGCGACGGGGCAGCGGCGGGGUCGGGGGCAGCAGCGGGCGGCAUCGCCCUGCACGACUUCAGCGGGUGGCUAGGCGAGCAGCGGGUGCAUUUCCACGCCAUGAGGCUGCAGGAUUCGCUCUUUCUGUGGGUGGGAGCCGCGCCCGCCCUCGCCAGCCUGGCCGUCGCCAUGUGCAGUCCCCGGGACAGCAUCCCGGUGGCUGCCUCGCUGCUGGGGGACCCGUCCGAUACCACCUCCGCCUGCCUCGCCCGACGCUUGGCCAGCAAGACCAAAAAACAGAUCUUCGUCAGCUACAAUCUUCAGAACACUGACAGCAAUUUCACCUUGCUCAUAGAAAACAGGAUCAAAGAAGAGAUGAUGGCAUUCCCAGAGAAGUUUUGACUUUGCACUGCUGUGAAACAACCUCAAGUUUUUGUUUUAGAAAAACUGGUUGCAAGUUUCACCCUGCUGUCGAGUCGGUAUAUUUGGGUUGUACUAUUUUGACUGAAUUUGCAGUUAUUAAAUACAGAUAGA